GAUGGACACAUAUUUCAACGUUCGUAGUCUCUAUCACAUUAAUUUUGUAUAUUUGUUAUACCCAGAGAGGUUCAGGCAAGCAGAAGUCAUGCAAAGCUUCAAUUUCUAACGAUGAUUGUCUUGACAUUUCAGACCAGUUCGCAGAAUCCAUAGCAUCUCAAUCAGCCAUUACAAGAACCAAUGGAAGACAAUCACGUUUUGCUAAUUGUUUGUUUCUGUUUCUCGCUGAUUACAGUAUUAUCUGCUGCAUCUGACACCAUCAAUACAACUCAGUUUAUUAGAGAUGGGGAGGCCUUAGUUUCAGCUGGUGAAAGCUUUAGAUUAGGAUUUUUCAGCCCAGGCACCUCCAAAAACAGAUACUUGGGAAUAUGGUACGAUAAAGUAUCUGUCCUGACAGUAGUAUGGGUUGCCAACAGAGAAAUCCCACUUACAGAUUUAUCAGGUGUAUUAAAGAUUACUGAUCAAGGAAUUCUAUUCCUUCUCAAUCACAAUGAGACCAUAAUUUGGUUCUCCAACUCCACAAGAUCAGCAAGGAAUCCUGUUGCGCAGCUUUUGGAUUCAGGAAACUUUGUUGUGAGAAAUGAGGAAGAUGAUAACCCAGAUCAUUACUUGUGGCAGAGUUUCGAUUAUCCAAGUGAUACAAUGCUUCCAGAAAUGAAGUUUGGCUGGGAUAAGGUAACAGGUCUUGAUCGGUAUAUAACAUCCUGGAAAACACCUGAUGAUCCUUCUCAGGGUAAUUUCACAUAUGGGUUUGUUCCCACUGGAUAUCCUGAGAAAAUUAUGAGAGAGGGUUUAGUCACAAGGUUCCGCUCUGGGCCAUGGAAUGGCAGGUGGUUCUGCGGUGUACCUCAAUUGAAACCAAACGUCAUAUACUCGUAUAAUUUCACUAGUACUGAGAAGGAAAUAUAUUACAUGUAUCAUCUUCUUAACAGCUCACGUUAUUCAAGGGUGAUUAUAGAUCAGUAUGGCAUCGUCCGACGCUUCGUUUGGACUGAUGCGAAACAGGGUUGGGUGCUUUAUCUUACUGCACAAACUGAUAACUGUGACACUUAUGCGCUGUGUGGUGCAUAUGGUAGCUGCAACAUCAACAGCUCCCCAGUUUGUAGCUGCUUGAAAGGAUUUGCACCGAAAAGUAAAAGAGAGUGGGACAUGUUGGAUUGGUCUAAUGGUUGCGUUAGAGAGACUCUACUGAAUUGCUCUGGAGAUGGGUUUCAAAAGUACUCUGAACUGAAGUUGCCUGAAACAAAAAACUCUUGGUUUAACAAGAGUAUGAAUCUUGAGGACUGCAAGAUCAAGUGUCUGAAGAACUGUUCCUGCAUAGCUUACGCAAAUUUGGAUAUAAGGGAAGGAGGAAGUGGGUGCCUCCACUGGUUUGAUGAACUGAUCGACAUGCGAAAGCUAGAUGAAUAUGGCCAAGAUAUUUACAUACGGAUGGCUGCAUCAGAGUUAGACAAGAUGAUAAAUGCUAAGCCAAAUGCAAACAAGCAAGUGAGGAUCAUUGUCAUCACUGUGACCACUACAGGAAUACUCUUUGCAAGCCUAGCCUUAGUCCUAUGUGUGUGGAAAAGGAAGAAACAAAGAGAGAGAAAAGUGAAAGGUGUUUUACAAAUUAGAGCAAACAAUAAGAGCCAGAAGGAAAAUCUGGAUUUACCAUUGUUUGAUUUUGAUACUAUUGCUUUUGCAACCAAUAGUUUUUCCACCAGCAAUGUACUUGGAGAAGGGGGCUUUGGAACUGUUUACAAGGGAAUGUUAAAAGAUGGACAAGUAAUAGCUGUGAAGAGGCUCUCAAGGAACUCCGACCAAGGAUUUGAUGAAUUCAAGAAUGAAGUCAUGCAUAUUGCCAAACUUCAACACAGGAAUCUUGUGAAGCUUUUAGGAUACUGCAUUCAAGCUGAUGAACAGUUGUUAAUCUAUGAGUUUAUGCCCAACAAAAGCUUGGACUUCUUCAUUUUUGCUAAUCAAAGCACUCUACUAGAUUGGCCGAGACGCUGCCACGUUAUUAAUGGAAUUGCCCGUGGACUUCUUUAUCUUCACCAAGAUUCAAGACUAAGGAUAAUCCAUAGAGAUCUAAAAGCUGGAAACAUUUUACUAGAUCAUGAAAUGAAUCCAAAGAUUUCCGAUUUUGGUUUGGCUAGGAGUUUCAGAGGAAGCGAAAUGGAAGCGAACACAAACAAGGUAGUGGGGACAUAUGGUUACAUGUCACCGGAGUAUGCAAUUAAAGGCCUCUACUCGGCAAAAUCUGAUGUGUUCAGCUUUGGUGUUAUGGUGCUAGAGAUAGUGAGUGGACAAAAGAACAGAGGUUUCUGCCAUCCAGAACACCACCAUAACCUUCUAGGACAUGCAUGGAGACUAUAUAAAGAAGGCAGGUGCUGUGAAUUGAUAGCUGCAUCGGUGAGAGAUACGUGCAAUCUAUCUGAGGCGCUACGAUCAGCUCAUAUUGGCCUACUUUGUGUGCAACGAAGUCCAGAAGAUAGGCCAAGCAUGUCAGCUGUUGUUCUCAUGUUAGGCGGAGAAGGUCCAUUGCCUGAACCUAAACAACCAGGAUUCUUCACAGAAGGGGAGAUUUCUGAAGCUAGUUCAACAUCAGGCAGCCAAAAGCCUUGUUCGCUCAAUGUUCUUACUAUCACGACAUUAGCGGCACGAUAGAAGGCAUAUAUUGUUUUCAGCCUGGUUUGCCGUUCGCAUAAAAGUGUUUAAUUUUGAUAGAAAUGGCAAGUAUUUGUUUAAAGUCCGUGAGAUUUGCCUUGGACAAUGAAGUUAUUUAUAUUUGCAUUAGAAUUUGAACGGUAAACAAGUUUCUAUUCUGUAUCAUUUUUACAGCAAGUUUUCAAGUUUAAUACAGAAGAAUUGAAGUGUAACGUUUUGCUUACUUUAUCAAGCUUCAGUCGAACUAGAUAAAAGCUAUCAUGUAAAUUUCCUUAAUGUUGGGAAUAAAGUUUGUAAAACUUGAUCAAA